GCUACGAGCAACAACCUAUUAAAAAUUAAUCCGAACGUAAUUGCUUGUGAAAUUAUAAUCAGAAAUUAAAAUGUUUUGUCGAAACUUGUUUAUAACGGGAUUUCUUACUCUGGGUGGUGUUUUUGGGUACACACACAAUACUUCAGGUAUAAAUAAUACCACUAAGCAGAUUCUGAGAACCCAAGAUGAAGAAAGUCCAAGCAAUCUGAAGAACAACUUAUCUACCGACGUGCCACUAUGGGUGUCUGGUUUGAAGAAACAAAUAGCGAAUGCAGUGAGUGAACAAGGAUUUAAAGAAGCGAAACCUUUCAUAGAAAAAUAUGUGGAAGAUAUUGAAAAACAACACAACUUAAGGCUGCGUGUUAAGGUUAACAAACUGGGUCACGCAGAAGUUGAACACGAAGAAAAUAAUCCGAUAAUCCGAGCUAUCUCAUCAAACGACAAAAGUGCCGACCCACGCUGGUUGGCGGAAUUAAAAAACUUUAUAAUGCUCCUGGUGGACACUUUUGGGACACAUCAACUAUACACACUGUUACAUCCAGUUAUCAGUUCUAUCGAGAUGCGAUAUGACGUAAAAAUUUUAGACGUUGAUGUUGAUAACAAUGGUAAACCUAUCGUACACUACGAGGAACUCAAAAGUCCAAAAAGAGCUGAAAGGGUGAAAUCGAAAAGUAGACACCAUAAAACAAAAAGGCCAACAUACAGCUCCGACGAAGACAAAUCCGGUUCAAACAGUUCCUAAACAGUAGAAACAGCAAUAUUACAUGUGAAAUAUAAAUAUUUUAAAAAAUAU